AUGGGAGCAACAGAGACUGAGGAAGGACGAUCCUUGGCUGAAACGCCGUCGUGGGCUGUCGCCGCCGUCAUCACUGUCUUGGUUACGGUCGGUUUUUCCAUUCACGGAGGUUUGAAGAAGUGCGGAAAGUGGCUGGAUAGAACUAAAAGGAAGCAUCUUCUUGCGGCGCUCGACAAGAUCAAGGAAGAGGUAAUGGUAUUUGGGCUUCUGUCUUUGCUGAUGGGUCAUUGGAUUGUCUUUGUGUCUAAAAUUUGUGUUAAGUCUUCUGCAUUGAGUAGCCGGUUCUACCCGUGUGCUCCUCAUAGUUUUCCACAACAUGAAGUUAUUAUUAAGGAUCAUGCUGUUGUUCCGAAGCCUCUUCAUUUGAACUCCUCUGUUUCUCGGUUAUUGUUGGAGGACGUUCAUCGAGAUUCUUGUCCCAAGGGUCAUGAACCUUUUGCUUCAUAUGAGAGCCUUGAGCAGCUCCAUAGGUUCUUGUUUGUUUUGGGAACUACGCAUAUCUGCUAUAGUUUCUUUGCUGUUGCACUAGCCAUGAUCAAGAUCUAUAGCUGGAGGACUUGGGAAGAUCUUGCCAAGACAUUGGCUUUUAGGGGCUUGCUAAUGGUGGAUACGCCAGCUGAGUCUGAAAACAAUGGGACAGAUGGCGUCCGAAUGAGGCGGCUCGCGAGUUUUUUAUUUCAUCACACUUCUCAUCCAUGGAGUCAGCAUAGACUUCUUAUUUGGCUG